UUUACUGUGACAGGCCUUGUAAGCCAGCCAGGGCGUUUGAUAGCACAGGCAACAAGGAGUGUGUUCACCAUUUCAGACUGCUUUUUAUCGAGUGCGCGUAGGGCGUACAACAAAACACGGUCAGAGAAGCAGACCACAUAGACAUCUUAGUAACCGAAGUGUUUCUAUGGAGCUCCGAAAGAUUGAGGAUAAAGGAGGAGAAGCGAUGAUCUCUAAAUAUUAUGACGGGGUUCAUUUUCCACCAGUCGUUCCCGGGAACGUAAAAGACCAUUUAGAGGCAGUGAGAAACUUGAAACACAAAGAAGGCGAUAUACUUCUCAAUCCUUUUCCUAAAGCUGGAACCCACUGGACUUACGACGUUUUACAUAUGUUGCUAACUGGAAAAACAGAAUAUAGCAUCGGCAAAAUAAUGGCUAUGGACUAUGAACCAACAGAAAAAUUUGAUGCCCUAGACAGCCCCCGGAUUCUGGUGUCACAUUUGUAUCCGAAACAUAUUCCCAAAUCCGUAAUCGACGAGAAAUGUAAGAUCGUCUACAUCUAUCGGAACCCAAAGGAUACUGCGGUAUCCGCGCAUUCUUUCCUCCGGCGACUUAACAUUCACGGGUACAAAGGUUAUGAGGGUCAAUGGGAACACUACUUCGAAUUUUUUGCCACGAAACAAAUUCAGUACAAUUCCUGGUUCGAACAUGUAAAAGCGUGGCUUGACUUCAAGAAGACAAAUCCUGAACUUCCCAUUCUAUUCAUGUCAUUUGAGGACAUGAAAAAGGACCUGCGAAGCUGUGUUCAAAAGAUGGCAGAAUAUCUAGGAGCAAAACAGGAUCCAGAAUUCCUCGAUGAAGUGACGAGUAAGUGUCAGUUUAGCGACAUGGUUAAAGCAAAGACUGAAGACGAAAUCGAGACAGCCUUGAGCAAAGACGGCAGCAAUCCAUUCUAUAGGAAAGGUGAGGUGGGCGACUGGAAGAACUGGUUCACUGUCGCACAAAACGAAAUGUACGAUAAAGUAUUAGAGGAAAACAUGGCUGAUAUUGAUCUAGAGUUAUUCAAUGAGCGGUAGCUAUUUGUACGGGGAGCGCUGUAAGGUCGAUAAUUAGGACAUGACACGUACCCGUGUGAGGCCGGUCAUUAUCUAGAACAUACGUGGAGAUACCGACCGCCGCAUUACAACAUACAGGAGACGCUUG